UUGGCUGAAAGCUUCAGUUUUGAACAAGAAAAAAGCCCAACAUGAUCAGAAAACUCCGCAUUCCAGUUUACAGACGCAUCGUGGAGGACAGAUGGUCAAGAAGACUGGAGCUAUAUCUUCCCAGGGGCAUUGCCCCCCCCCGUGUCCAUUCUCCCGCACAGUGGCUUGUGGUCCCUCCCCUCUGACGCCCCCGAGCCACAUAAAUAGGAAGCCCGUCAGCUUUGCAGCAGACUUGAGCUCAGCCGCUCCGAGAACAAACAUCUUCACUCAAAAAGCAUUAAAAAACGGCAGCAAACAGCAUGAGUCCCAGCAUCAGCGCUGAGGCCGGCCAGCCUCUCCUUGCGCGGUCCACCGUGGCCCAGAGGAAACAGGCAAACGAACUCAGAAAGACUCUGAAACCAUUGCUGGAGAAGAGAAGACGCGCUCGCAUCAACGACAGUCUGAACCACCUGAAGAGUUUGAUCCUGCCUCUGGUCGGCAAAGACAACGCACGGUACUCCAAGCUGGAAAAGGCUGACAUUCUGGAAAUGACAGUGCGCUUCCUGAGAGACCUCCCGUCUUCCCCAGUCAAAGACUCAGCAGACAGCUACAGAGAAGGUUACAAAGCCUGCCUCCACCGCGUCUCCGCUCUGCUUCCCAAAACGACCCUGGAUGAGGACGCGUGCCAAAAAGUGCAGGAUUUCAUCAAGCAAUCCAUGACCUCCAACGUCACGCCAACCUGCCUGAACUGCUGCGCGCAAAGCUCCAGGGCUUUCCCUCAGAUCCACCAGAGACUCCAGAGCCUCAAAUCCAACUUCAGCUCCAGACUGGAGAGCCAGUCGCGCAGCAGCGGAGCCGCAACUCCCAACAGAGCGCAGCAGUCUGGCGCGCAGCCGGUCAGCGCUGCCAUGUGGAGACCUUGGUAGACUCAAUGGACAUUUAGCUCUCAUAUAUUUAAAUUUUAACUGUAUUUUGUACUUACAAAGGUAGUUUUAAGAUACAAGAUGAGUUGAAGUUAAUUCAACAUUUUAAUAAUGUUGCGUCCGGCGCCAGAGGGCACAGACCACAGGCCUGAUAGAAGUCUGUGAACUUUUGAAUACGCAAUCCUCUUUGGGGUUUCAAAGAUACGGGUUGUAGACAACACUUUUGUAAAACCCCAAGGGUUACUUUGUUUGAGGGUUGCACUGUAGACUUAAAAGUAUUUUGGUCUGUGCAACAGAGUAUUCUGUAAACACCAUGUGUUACAUUAUUUAUUAUUGCAUGCAGACCUUGCUUCGUGAGACUUGUAAUGUUUGUCUUUGACAAAGGGUUUCAAAUAAAUGUACAUAGUACCUCGAUGGUUGUGUUGCUUGAUCUUUGCUCUUGUGCUGGCUGAAAGAUUUAAGAUGGAUCAUUAACCCCAGACGCCCUAAUAAGAGGAUUCUCAGGGAAGUGAAAGAGAUGGAAAAGGGCGCGCAAACUCGGAAAGCCAGAGGUCAGCCAGAUCCCAUUGAUGCUGAAGAGCAGCUGCUCUAUUGUUGCUGAUGUGAGGCGCCUCUUGCCGCCAAAAAAUGUGUGGGAAAAAGCAGCGCCAGUGGUGGGAGAGGAAAUGCUCAGAUCAGUGCAAUUAGGAAUGACAAAGAACUAAAGCUGCUUGAUGCCUGACAAAUUUAUAAUAAUUAGAGAAUCGUAAUUGAACAAUGUAAGUUACUGAAAGAAAAAUGAAAAAAUAAAAUAAAAAACUAUUAUAAUUAAAUAUUUAAGUUUUCUGAAAACUCUAAACAACAAAGACUAACACAAAAAAAAUCUAACUUUUAAGAAAAAUUAAGGCUAAAAAUAAAUUCUUUGCGUUUGAAACUCCCUUAUUGUUAGGGAACACAUUUGAUUAUCGUAUUUUCACCAGUGAUGUAAGUAUUGGGUCCUGGUUGGAUGACCAAGUAAAAUGAAAAGUAUGAAAAUCUAACAGACCAAAUAAACGAAACAACAGAAUUUUUAACAAGACUGGACAGCCAUGAGGGGGCAAGGUAACAUGAUGGGCCACAAAAAUCCACAAUUAACUAAAGAAGUAAAAUUGCAACAAAAAAAAAAAGCUCCAGAAAACCAUCCAAAACAAACACAAAUGAUAAAAAAACAAACAAGCAUAAGGAUUGAUAAACAGACACAUGGAUAAAUACACAUAAAAAAGAUACAUGUAGCCUCAACAAGGCACAAACUAGUGUCCUGCAUGUUCCUGUCCCAAGCAAGCCCCAAGCAAAUGCGGAGGGUUUGUUCAGGAAGUACAUUCAUGAUAAAACUCACAAUUUAGGACGAAUUACCCGAUGUUUGAUAUGUCUUUGUAUGAAUAUAAACAUCUGUUGGUUGUCUUGUUUAUGGAUUAUUCUUGAUUUGAUUGCUUAAAAAAAUCGAUUUUCAAAUCCAAAUAAGACAUUGAUAUAUAUGGAUAGAUGAACUGA